CUCCCCCUCGGACUAACCGAAACGCUUUAUCAUGACAGCGAUUUAAUUAGCUUUGUUUUAUUUUUUCAGUCUUGCAACAGUAUUGCAAUGCUACUAGUUAAACAGAACCCAGUCUCUUCACGGGUGCAAUAAGCGAAAUCGAAUCAGUUGGUCCAACACAUCCAGUCAUGUUUCUUCUGCAUCCGCUGCUGCAAUGUGUGCUGUUGGAUCCGACACUGUGGCUGGCAGCCUCAGCCAGCCCUGCCGAUGAUAACGUUCUGCGGGCCGGCCAUGGAGAGCACGGAGAGCCGGGGCACGAGGAACCUCACAAGGAUUCCUACAACACGUUCGCCUCAGAAUUCCUCGAGUCCAGAUACCUCUCAGACGAAGGUUACCCCUUCCCAAAUGCACCCCCUGUGGACCCAUUCGCCCGGAUCAAAGUUGGCGACUGUGGAAUAACCAAAGGAUGCAUCAGAUAUGGGAAGCCAGGCUGUGAUGCAGAGACCUGUGAAUACUUCCUGAGUUACAGACGAAUUGGCACAGAUGUGGAAUUUGAGAUGAGUGCGGACACUGAUGGCUGGGUCGCUGUUGGUUUCUCCUCUGACAAAAAAAUGGGAGGUGAUGAUGUCAUGGGCUGUGUUCAUGAUGAUAAUGGGCGUGUACGGAUCCAUCAUUUCUACAACGUGGGCCAGUGGGCCAAAGAAAUCAAGCGCAACCCAUCACGGGACGAGGAGGGCAUUUUUGAACACAAUCGUGUCACCUGCCGCUUUAAACGUCCUCUUCAUGUCCCACGUGAGGAGACAUUAGUGGACCUACACCUUAGCUGGUACUACCUGUUUGCCUGGGGACCUGCCAUACAAGGUUCCAUCACAAGGCAUGACAUUGACUCCCCACCGGUGUCAGAUCGCAUGAUAAGCAUCUAUAAAUAUGAAGACAUUUUUAUGCCUGCAACUGCCUAUCAGACAUUCUCCUCUCCCUUUUGCCUCCUUCUCAUUGUUGCUCUUACUUUCUACCUGCUGAUGGGCACACCAUAACCACUACAACCAGCAGUGACAAUGUCAUUAAGAGAAGGAGAGAAAGACUACAACUAUCCAUGGAGCCACCAUUACCACAACUAUGUGCCAACAUAACAGUUUUAGAAACAGGUAGCAAUAAAUAAGAAGACUAAGAACAUUGUGAUCGUGCAGCAUCCGCAACAUAUGUACUAAGUAUUAAGACUAUGGAUUAAUAUUAUGUUAUUUACAGCAAUGCUAAACAGUUGUUUCUCAUUCAGAGAAGUGAGAGGACCAUUAAUUUUAUUUAGAUACAAUAUUAAGGAACCCAGAAUGGUAUGUCAUGCAUAUUAGGUAGCCUACAGACUAGUAUUUGAAAAUAUCUGAGCCAUACUGAUGUUAAUUUUCAGUAUGUAUAAAUGGCAUACUCUGAAGUAUGGUGCACUAUACCCACUACAGGUGAAAUGCUUAAUGCGCCCUACUGACCUGCUAUUUAAAGAUAAGUUUGAAAUAUGUGUCAACAAAUAUCAGUAGAGAUGCUCUGCAUUCCAGUAUUUUUCCAGUAUAUUAUUGUUCUAUAUACAGUAGUUAAACAUUUAAAAAGGCUUUAAAUUUCAGACUGAACAUUUAACUGAUGAAAAUUAAUGUCUGCAAUUGAUUACGCAAUUUACAGCAGUACAUAAUUGAUCCUCAGCUCAGCAGCACAAACACACAUGAAGAUACAGCAGUAUUAAUAAACCAUCACUGCCUUCCAUCUAGAGUGUAUUUAUCCCAGCAUUGCCAGCACAGUAUUUGAUAAUUCAUGCCUCAUCUGAGCCAUUUUGACCAUUAAGACCAGUGUCCUCUUCCACUGGUAUAGAUCCAGUCCAGGAACAAGAGAGAAUCCCCUGGUCUUCAUACCAAGGAAUCAAAGAUUUUCUAUACCAAGGACCAUAUGGAUUCUAGAAAGAUCUAGAUCUCAACAAUCUAUACCAGUUAAGGUGUGAUUGUUGUCUGAUCUAAUUAUUUAGUGCCCUUUUAAAAGGUCCUAUAGAAUAAUUUGUAUAUAAAAUUGAAGAGCUGCAUGCAAGGACGUUUGGAAAAGUAUUUAGUUAUUUGUAAUGUCUUAAUACAUUUUGAUCUGAAGGUUAUAUAUAAGUUAGCAUACUUGAGGAAGUGAUACAAUUCUUUUUGAUGUGCACAGCUCAGAGAUAAUCAUGUCACGUAGAAUUCUUUGUACAGUAAAUGAAGACAUUGUAUGCUAAUGGACAUGUAAUAAUAUGUUUAGAAGGUUGUUAUUGUUAUAUUUGAAUAUAUUUUUGAAAUGAUGACAUUGAUAGUAUUAAAGUAUAUGCAAUAAGGAGUGUGCAUAGUAAACGGCCGUGAGUGUUUUCAAAAUGUUUCACAUACAAGAUAUUCCUAAAUCAUUAGUAGCUUAUUUACAUUCUGAAGAGUUUACUGUGAAUUCUCACCCUAAUUGGAAACAAAGAUGCUUGUGUUUGGUGGUACAAAAUACGCACUGCACUUUGUAAUAAAUCUAAGAAGAAAAGAUGGAUUAUCUA